AUUAAAGACAAGAGUACAAUCAAAAUAAUUUACACUCAAAACUCUGCGCCGUCCACUGUGCCCACCACAGCACCCACAGCUGCCUCCAGAGAGACAGUACCACAGUUUGCUGCGCCAUCCUUGCCAGACACUGACAUCCUUUCCUCCUCAGACUCCAGUGCCUCUUGUUCAUCUCUUCGCUUGCGGAAAUGGCCCUUAAACUUUCCAAUACCAACGUUUAGUUUUGAUGUGGAGUUUCAGUUACACAGAGCCCAGCAAGAAUAUGAAAACAAUGGGACUCUCUUAGACCCGAGCCCAAAACUCAAAUCUGACAUAUUAAAUAUGUUGGCCUCAGAAAUUGCAAAAUACAGUUUAUCCAUCAAGUGGAGAUAUUGAUGAUGUCGCUAAAGCGUUAAUUCAAAAAUAUCCCUUUCUCAAAGAGACCAGAUCUGUGACGGGCUGUGAAGGCUGGAAAGUAAGCCUAAAAUACAAAAUGGCCAAUUACCGGACAACACUGAGAAACAUAGGGUGCCCACAGGUGGCAAUAAACACUCUACAACACAAGAGAGAACGAGAGAAGAGUCCACGUCGAAACAACGUCAAAAAGCCACGGAAAGCAGAAGUGAACUUUUUACCACAAUACCCUGCAGGAGAAACAAAGAAAAGUCUGGAGGAAGAACGACAAGCACUACUGAUUGAGGUGAAGAAAACAAACAACGAUCAAAUAAUCAAAACAAAGAUGGAUAAGACGUUUGCACACAGAAGAAGAGAGGUGAUUGAAGAGAUGCCAUUCAUCGCAGAGUUCAAGAGCAGAUGGCCGGCCCUCUUCAAAGUACCCGAGAUCAAUGCGGAGUUCACCCAAAUCACCACAGUUCCACUGCUGUCCACAUUCAUGAGCAGUCUUGACCAGUACUCUGACCAGUUGAUGAAGAUUCUACGAAAAAAAGGAGGGGAAACAGCGCGGCGGAUCACAGCAGCGUUGUCUGCAAUUUCACAGACUUCCCGAAUCGAAGUGAAGCGUGAAUGCAUCCUUAAAGCUGUGAUUAUAUACCUGAAUGAGAACCCUGAAAAUCUCAUCAAAGAGUACAUGGAUUUCAACGUGAUGGAAGCUGAUGAGCUCGAGAGGAUGGAUUUGGGUGUUUAUAAAAUAAUCCAUGAAGGAGCACAGCCUGAUGACUCCCUUGAAGAUGUUGGCAUCAUUAUCGAGAGAUGCACUGUCUUGCCGGAUCUUUGCGAUGUGGCGAGCGGGUGUGCACUUUUGUUUGGGCUAAUUUACUGCCUCAAUUUACUUCGCUACACAUUUGAGUUCUUCCAGAAGGUGCUCAUGGGCCUGGAAGACAAAAAACUGUCUAUCAAAAUACAAGUGCUGAAGAACAAACUCUGCCAAAAGGAGACGCAAUGA